AUGGCUGGAUAUAUUGUUCCCACUAUCUGGAUGGCUGCCCCUAAGCUGUCAAAUGGCAUUUUGCCGUCAAAGCAGGAAGCAAUUGCCUUCUGGCAAAUGUGGCCAGUAUGGGUAUCCAUUUUCCAAUACGCGAUGACCAAGAUCAUGGGUGCUGGUGCUGGUUCUGUUUAUCCCAAAACUGGUCCAAUCCAAGUCCGAAGUGGCCUUCAAUUUCUUUACGGAUUUGCUUUCCUUUGCGCUUCAUUGCCCCAUAUUGCAUGCUGGACAAUAUCGCUUAGUGCUGUAGCUUUUCCGACACUGUUUAGCCCAGAUAUCCUUCCAUUACUUAUGCCAAACGCUGUGUUCCAAAACAAGUUUCCAUGGUCUCCAGAACAACCAGAGUCAUUGGGAGUAGGUGCCUUAUGGUUUCUACAAUGGGAUCAUUUAUGCUGCACAGUAACGGCCUUAGUUUGGGCAGUUACUCUAUAUGAAUCUGCCCAUUUGACAAAUGGACAGUCAGUUGACAAAUCCACCUUGGCAUUAAAAGUGAUUACAUUUACUCUGAUUGCUGGGGUAGCAGGAGCAGCUGUGGAGCUGAUGUGGGAACGGGAUCAAUUCCUACUUGAUCUUGAGGUAACGGAAGUGAAUAAAGCGGUCAAACGUGAAUAA